AUGUUCCGUCAAACCCUCUCAACCUCCUCCCGAGCUCUGCGCUCUGCCGCGCCCAAGCUGGCGUCUGGCCCCCAGCCCCUGCUGCGUCCUCAGCAGCUCCGCACAGCUGCCCCCGUUUACUCGUUACGCUCUGCUUUCCAGCCUUCCAUGACGCGCUGGUAUAGCGAGGUCAAGGACGAGGCCAAGGAUGAGGCCAAGAAGGACGAGGCCAAGAAGGACGAGGCCAAGAAGGACGAAGCCAAGAAGGCUGAGGAGGGUGCCGCCAAGGAGGAUGGUGAGGCCGACCCUACGGCCGAGCUCAAGAAGGCCCUCGAGGUCAAGGAGAAUGAAGCAAAGGAGUGGAAGGACAAGUGUCUUCGCACCGUCGCCGACUUCCGUAACCUCCAGGACCGCACCCAGCGCGAGGUCAAGGCUGCCCGCGACUUUGCCAUCCAGAAGUUCGCCAAGGACCUCAUCGACAGUGUUGACAACCUCGACCGCGCCAUGUCAAUGGUCCCCAAGGAAAAGAUCAAGGACGGCUCCAACAAUGACCUCGCAACCUUCCAUGAGGGCAUCGUCAUGACGGAGAACGCUCUGAUGCAGACGCUCCAGAAGCACGGUCUCGAGCGCGUCGACCCUGAAGGCGACCGCUUCAACCCCAACGAGCACGAGGCCACUUUCAUGGCCCCCCAGGCUGACAAGGACGACGGCUCCGUCUUUCACGUCCAGCAGAAGGGCUUCAAGCUCAACGGUCGUGUCCUCCGUGCCGCCAAGGUCGGCGUCGUCAAGAACAAAUAA